CCCAGACGACUCGAGGGCCAAGGCGAGAUAUAUUACUUUUAUCAUCUCCAAAAUGAAGUUUAGAGGGAAGAUGGUAGAUAUUACAUGCAUCAAGCAGUUUUCAAAUAUCGUGAGCACGGUGGCUCGGUUGUCAAAGAUCUGUGUGCUGAGGAUCACCAAAGAACAUGUGUACUUCAUCAUACACGAGUCAGGAGCUGUUGAGAGCUCACCUGGUCUAUGGGCAGAGCUGGAUCAGGGACAUUUCUUUAAUGAGUUCCACGUGGAAGGAGUUUCACAGGAAGAUAAUCAGAUUUUUUUGGAACUAGAACCAGAUAAACUCUCAAAGACCUUGAACUCCUUUAAGACAGCUCAACCAGCUCCCCGUAGUUUGAAAGUGAAGCUCACAAGAAAACACAGUCCUUGUCUGACUCUGGAGGUAGAAUUGCCAUCUCUAUCAGUUCACGCGAGAACAGUAGUGCACGAUGUUCCUGUAACACUAAUUCCGCGACGACAGUGGCAUGUGUACCAGGAGCCUGAAAUGCCUCAGUUUGAUUCCUCUGUGUACUUGCCUCCACUCCGUCAAAUAAAGCAUGUAGUGGACCGCAUGAAGACACUCUCACAGCACAUAACUUUUUCGGCUAACCGACGUGGCACACUGAUUAUAUCUGUAUCUACUGAUGUUGUUGAUGUUUCGACUCAUUUCAAGAACUUGUCUGUGCCAGUAUGGGGUGACGAUAAUGACACGGGAGGGACGCACUCGGCCACAGUAGACAUUAAGAAGCUGGGGCUCCUCCUUCAGGGUAGUCAGAUCAACCCUACUAAGGUCAUAUGUAAUAUUGUUGCUAACCGCAUGGUCCACAUGUUCCUGCUGCAUGAUGACGUAACCCUGCAGUACUUUCUACCAGCUGCUACAAAUACCUAGCCGGGCCACACCAAUUUACAAGAUAUGUUUUCUUUCGUACUAGUACUGUGUCAAUGAGGGUUUAGUACAAACAAGGACCAGUAGGUUAAGUUACGGGCAAGGAUGAAUAUGUAUAAAGGUUCAAAUAGAUUAGAUUCCGAUAAGAUGUGGGUAGACAUGUGAAUAUAAAGGAAGUCCUCAAACAAUUAAUGACAUUAGGAUGUGUCCUAGGUCAGGUCAGUUUCUAAUAAGAUUAUCACUUUUGUUCACAAACAAAUUAGAUUUUGAAUGUUACAAAAAGUUGCCUCUGAUUUGUCAAGGGAGAGUGUAAUAAGAUUGGUAAACAGAUCAAUAGAAGCAUAAAGGGCCCAUGAACAGUAUGCUUAAUAACUGUAGAGUCAUCUCCAAUUUAAAAAUACUGUACUUUACAAUGCCAUUUUAUCUGAAGAGUCAACACAUAGUAAAGUACUCUGCUGAAAUUUAUAUAGUACUGCUGUAAUGGGAUUUCACACUUGUCUGAGUUAAUCAUGAUUACCUGAGGGAAUGGUCACCAGGUUGUCAUCUGACAAGUUUUUGGCAGGAUGCCAUUCAUAAUACCAAUGCACUUUCACAGUGGGAACUGGGCAUUAUAUAUAGGGUUUGCAAUCACCCACUUAGCUGACAAGAUUCGAUCACUACUCACUGAAGUAAUGCAAGUAAAUAUGGAUUAUAGGUUUCAUAUUAGUCUUGAGGAAUGAGAAAUUCAAUGUUUGACAUUGUGACUAUAUUUUGUUCAUGUAAGAGGAAGAAAAUGAAAGUAAAUGCUAAUAAAAACAAGGUUGCCUUACCUGAAGAGGGGAAAAGUGUUACAUAUGAUUAGAAUGUGAGAAAUUAGAGAGGGUCCAGUUUCUAAAGCAACUAAAAAGUAAUUUCAUAUAGGAUGGCUCCUCUUCACUGGGGUGAUGCCAGGGCAUUCUCUGCUAUACAUUCACCUGUUGCAAAACGUCCACCUUCAUGGUGGCUGAUUUUUGAUCUAGUCAAAGUCGUCACAUAAAAAUCUUCCAGGGUCAAUAAAAAUUUGCUUUUCGGUUCUUUAGGUCAAAUUACCCACAGAAGGAUUUAGUCUGCCAGUCUUUCAACUACAUUCACCAAAAAUUUUCCUUUGUUCUUGACAAGUCUUUAAAAUAUUUACAGAUUUAGUCCUAAUCACUUCAAAGGUGAUCACUUUUCACUCUAGUUUUGAUGUUACCUAUGCAUGCCCAACAUUUCAGACAGUCACAUCUCAAACAUUUGAAGGGCAAGAGAUACAAUGUACUGUAUAUCAUUUCAUAAUUAUUUUAAUUUGUACAGCUGUAGUGACAUUACAGAUACAAGAGUGAAUUGUAAUUGCUUUCAACAGUUAGUAAAAGACCUUCACUAAUUACCAUUUGGCCAUAUCAGGGAUACUGAAAGGCUUUUAACCUAUUAUAUAAAAGUAUUUUGUACUAUAAAUCAUAAUCCAAUUGUUUUACAAAUGAUAUACUGUAACCUCAGUAUUUGUAACAAUUCUAUUCAAACUAACUGUUAUUCUUUAACUUUGGAAAAAAGGACACAACUAUUUGCACAUCAUUCACAGUAAAUAGUUUGGAAAAAAAAAUAGGGGUAUCAUUUUAACUGGACAAUAAUCCUUCUUAAAUUAUACACAAGGUCAGGGGCUAAUGCUCACAGGUUCUAGACCCUCACUAUCAAGUACAACAGAUCAGAUCAAAGCCUUCCACCACACCUUUCAUUCUCCAUAAAAUUCAUAUGCAGAUACGUACAGUAUUUAACUUAUAAAUUUUCUUCUUCUAAAUACAGUAUGCCAGUAAUAAUUUUGAUCGUGAAGUUUGAAAUUCAUUGCUAUGUGUAUUGUUAAUGAAAACAAAAUUAUUUCAAGACAUUAGCAGAAUUAAUAAUCAUAUUUUUAAUUUUUUGAAGUUUGGAUACUUUAGUACAUCAGUAGAACAGGUGGCAAAUAAUUGGGGUCACAAAACAAAUGAAUUAUUCCUAAGUCAGUACAAGUAAUUUUUAAAUAAACAACUUUUUUUAUCCCAUGUCCUUGAUCAAUAUGUUCUGCAGUAGCUUUGCUGAGAUUUCAAAUACCCUGUACAACAUAAAUUUACCUUAAAAUGUCAGAAAUACCAAUGGGAUUAACCUUAGGAUUAUAUUUGUUGGAAAAAACGUAAAUUUGGGGGUUAUUUUGAUAUAAAAAUUUACUUUUAGUGAUUUAGUAGAUGCAUGAAUUAAAACAUUGAACUAUUAAUACAGGAAGUGAACACAGGUAGUCCCCAUUAAUAGCAAAUUUGUACAUCACAUUUUCAAUUUAUCGCAAUUUAAUUAUCACCAAAAAUUUUCAUUUUUGCAAUAUUUUUCUUCUAUGCUUUCAUGAAAAAAAUUCAAGUUGCAUUUUCAAAUGCAACUCUAUUGCAUGUCCUCCACUAGGCAGUGUAGAAGACAAUGGCAAUCUGCUAUGUGCCUCUCAAUGAGUCAAUUAUCACAUCUUGCAUAAUGAUUUUACAUAUUUUUACAUGCCAAUUGUUUUAAUGUCAUGACAGUGGUAGAAGUGGGUGUAGGUUGUAGGUCGUUGGUCUGUUGUUGAACGGCUAUGAGAAAAAGAACAUGCACAAGCAUUUCAAUUCCAUUUCAUACUGUAUUUCAUGGUUAUCAAUUUAUAGGUACAGGGUAUUUGCAUUAAGAAUCAGCCCAAUUACCACAAUGUUCCUGGCCAAGAAUGCAUACCUCCUUGUACUGUACAUUGUUUCUUAUGGGGAAAAAUUAGCUUUGCCUGUUGCAGUUUCAUGUUGUAAUAGAAUUUUCAGGAAUGAAACCCUCGAGAUAAACAAGAACUACCUGUAUAUUUAUUUUGACAUGUGUCAGCUUAUAACAUAGGAGUUCAUGGAAAAAUAAAUUUCAAUUAACAUACAGUGGUACUCGUAGUUUUACUAAAUUAAAGAUAGUACAGGUAGUUUUCUUUUUUUUUUUGAAUGGUACUACUUUAUGUGGGGUACUGUGUACCAACACUAUAAUAAUAGAAAAUAAUUGUAUCCCACAUACCUAUAGCAUACCGACCUCUAACAUACACAAUACAGAACAGGUACAUAUCUAUAAAGACAAAUACAAGCUCUGGUUAGAACCCUGUAUUCCUGUGCUUUUUUUUUUCCCCUAUUUGCCUUGAUAUGAGUUUACAUUUGUCUUAUUGCAAUAAACUCACUACACUCACAUAAGGAAGUCUGUGAGUUCAAGACUAAUGUGAAACUUUAGCCCCAUGACCAUUAAACAUAGAUGCAAUCUAUGUCGAACACAUGUUGGACAACAACAAAAUAAUUUAUUCAAAAUUUUUUAUAGCAUUUCUUCUUUAGAGUUUAUGACAUAAGGUCCUCCUGCUAUACAACAAUGUGUGUUGCUCAGGCAAACCACUGAAUCUCCUCUAUGUACCAGAAACUUGGCACAUAUACAGUACAUCACAUCCACAUGCAUCUCACUCUCACAUAUAAUCAUAACUGUACUGUAUUACAGUAUUAUCAUAAACAUAUAAAGGAGAUAUGCAUCACAGAUUAAUGCAAUGACCUACCAUGAACCAUCAAAGCCAAAAAUCACAUUUAUUUGUGAAUAUAAAUAUCAGUGUUGCAGGCAUUAAUGAAAUUACAACAAUGAUUUAAAAAAAAAAAGUGUUGACACAUUAACAUUUAAUAUACAGUACAAAAAGGGUAUUAAAAUAACAUGGAAUUAUUAUAUGAGGGAAGAUAUUUUACUGUGGGAAAUAUAAAUGAUCUUGAGUCAUAAUUUACAUGCGCUUAUUCCUCAAGAAAUAGGAUAUAUAACCACCUCGGGUUUACACCACCACCUGUCCUGUCCUGUCUAUGCAGAAAUAUUUGCAUUUUAAGUAUACUGCACAGUACUCCAGUAAAAUUCCAUAAGCCAUGUAAUGAAGUGCAUGCAAGAUACUUAUUAUUACAAUUUAUGAAAUACAAUAAAGAGGAAACUGCACUUUGUUUUGGUUGUUAGUCAAACACUUCCAGCAGGUAUCAUUAUACAGUACAGGCAAUGACCAUUAUACGAUGGGGUUAGGGACCUCAAAAACCCAUCAUGGAGUGACUGAUUGUCUAUGGAUAUUAAUGAAUUAUGAGGGGAAAAUAGGUUCCGUUCCUGAGCCCCAAGAAGAGCCCAAACAAGUUUUAUAUCAUGCUGCUAUAAUGAUAAAUAAUGUAUAAAUAACUCAAAUAUUUUAUAAAUACAUAAAAUAAAUAAAUUUAAUCAAAA